AUGACGGGACCUCAGAAUUCUGCCCAUGGGGACAGACAGAGGCACCCCACCACCAUCCUGCUCUGCAGGUCACAGAGCAGCCAGGCCGCCCUGAUGCCCAAGGAGCACAGGACGUUCAUCGAGGAAGCCUACAACGCAGCCAUCUGCUUCAAGCUGCUCCGGGACCUCAGCGGUUCAGACUCCCUCCACCUGAGGUACAUCAUCAAGAAAAUCAAGAGCAUGGCGUACGGGGCCCCCAACCUGGUGCUAGAAACCAUCCACGACUACUUUGUAAACAACCAGCAGAUCUCCACCCGGCACAAGUUCCGGCUCUUCCACGUCCUAGGGGCAGUCAUUGGAGCCAGUGAGUCCCUGGAGGAGGCCUGGGAGAAGUCCUUCAUGCAGCUGGCCCUGGAGAACAUGACCAAGUCCACGGAGCUGGAGGAGGCCUACCAGGACGCGGCCAGCAACGUGCUGGUGGCCAUCUGCAGGCACUCGUGGCAGGUGGUGGCCCAGCACCUGGAGACCGAGGUCCUGUCAGGCGUCUUCCCGCACCGCAGCCUCUUCUACGUGAUGGGCAUCAUGACCUCUGAUGAGAAUCUCUUCAAGGAGAGAGAGAAGGCUGGCUGGGAAGAGCAGUUGGCCAAGAUGGCCAUCAAGUCGGUGCCGUUUCUGAACACGGAAGGGUGGUCCAAGGAGCUUCUGGGGGCACUCACCAGGCCCGACAGGACGCAGCAGGAGCAGCCCCCGGAGAAGGUCUUCCUGUUCAUCUACUAUGGGCUGAUGCUUCAAGCCGAAGAGAACGGCACCAACGUCAGGACACACCUGAAAACCCUGCUGGAAACGUCCCACCAGUGGCCCAAGCAGAGAGAGGGCAUCGCACUCACUGUGGGGCUGGCCGCUGCCCGCCACCUGGACCACGUCUGGGCUGUCCUGGAGCAGUUUGGCCGGAGCACACCCAUCAAGUGGAGCCUGAACAGCUUCUCCCCCAAGAACUCCGGGGACCUGCAGUGGAAGUGGGCGAGCAGCACCAUCCUCCUCGCCUACGGCCAGAUGGCGGACAAGGCCAAGGCCCAGAUCCUUCCAUGGGUGGACAACAUCCUGUCCCGGAUGGUCUUCUUCUUCCACUACAGCUCCUGGGACGAGACCCUGAAGCAGAGCUUCCUCACGGCCAUACUCAUGCUGGUGGGGGCCAUCAGCCGCAAUGAGGGUGCCCAAAGCUACGAGUUCUUGCAGGUGUCCGAGCUCCUCGAGUGUCUGAUGCUUCUGAUGGAGAAGGAGCCCCAGGACACGCUGUGCACCCCGACUCGCCAGCAGACCAUUCACAUCAUCUCCAGUCUCUGUAAGCUGAGGCCACCGCUGGACUUGGAGAAGAAAUCUCGGCUUCUGUCCAUCAGCCUCCGCAGCGUGAUGUCCCUGCCGCUGCUGGAGGUCCUGGAGAAACACACCUGCCUCUUUCUGGAGCCGCCCAACAUACAGGUGCAAGCCUGUCACCUGCACCCCUUCCGGAGGGGGGCCCCCGGGGAAGAAUGCCAGGGCUGGGGCUCAGCUGCCCCCUGACCUGCUCCCCGCCCCGCACAGACACUCUACAAGGAGACCGUGGGGGCCCUGGAGCAGAUGCUGCAGACCUUCAUCAUGCAGAACCCCACAGCCGAGGAGCUGCACUUCCUGCUGUCGCACCUGUAUGUCUGGCUGGAGUCGGAGAAGGCCCACGAGCGGCAGCGGGCUGUCCACAGCUGCAUGGCCCUCCUCAAAUUCCUGAGCCACAACCUCUACCUGGACCCCAAAGAGGACUUCAAACGAAUUGGGCAGCUGGUGGGCAUGCUGGGGAUUCUGUGCCAGGACCCGGACAAGACUACCCAGUGCUCCAGCCUGGAAGGGGUGGACCAUCUCUACAAGCUCCUCAUGCACCAGAGAGGAGGAGAAGCUUCACAGGAGCAAGCACCGGCACCCCAGGCGCCUCCCCAGGCCAGCAAGGAAGGAGCCCUGCUCUGGAGCGGCGGGGAUCAGGAGGCUGCUCCACCCAGCCCCCGGGAGGUGGCACUCUUGAAGGACCACCAGCCCAGCAGCUCCCAAGUCAUCAAGGAGGUCAUGAAGCAUCUCACGAUUGCAGAGCUGACCGACCUUAUCUGGACGGCCGUCGAUGGCCUGGGCUCCACCAGCCCCUUCCGCGUGCAGGCGGCCGCCGACAUGCUGCUCACUGCCAUCCAGGAGCACGGGGCCAAGCUGGAGACUGUUGCCAGCCUGGGCCGGGCCAUCCACCUGCAGCUCUGCUCCAUCCGCAUCCCCCAAGCCAAGGAAAAUGCCCUGCAGGCCAUCACCCUGCUGGCCCGGAACCACACCUCCGAGCUGGUGGCCGCCUUCCUGGACUUCUCCAUUCCGCUGGACAGCCACGCCUUCCGAUUGUGGAGGGCCCUGGGUGCCGAGCAACCCGUGAGCCACCUGGUGCUGGCCAUGCUGCUGGGCUGGCUGCAGAAGCGGCCCCUGCCCACGAGGACCGGCGGCGGCAGCCCCCAGCCCAAGAAGGCCUACCUGCGCUCCCUGGCCGCCAUGAACACACUUCACGAGCUGCAGUUCGCCCGCGAGUUCAAGCAGGCCAUGCAGGAGGCCUUUCCCGAGCUGCUCCUGGCCCUCCUAUCCCAGACGCACUACCUCCUGGAGCUGAACCUGCCCGAGGAGCCCCAGCCCGGCAAGGAGGCCCAGGAGACAGCCCUGUUCGGCCCCCAGAGAUGCAGCACGUCGCUGGAGGCGCUGAAGAGCCUGCUGUCCACCACCGGGCACUGGCAGGACUUCGCCCACAUGGAGCUGCAGGGCGCCUGGGACCUCUUUGCCACCAUCCACACCUACCCACAGGGCGUGUGCCUCCUCGCCAGGGCCAUGGUGCAGAACCACUGCAGGCAGGUCAAGGCGCUGACCUUCCAGCUGCUGCCCAACCUGCAGAGCCGGGAGGAGCGGGAGAGGAAGGCAGCCAUCAUCAUCUUCACAGAGUUCCUCUACAGCCCCACCCUGCUGGAGGUGCUCCCCAAAGAGGCCGCCCUGUCCGUGCUGGUGCGAAGCCUCAGGGACCCCAGCCCCGAGAUACGCGUGCUGAGCCUACAGGGCCUAGGAAACAUUCUUUUCCACCCAGAGAAGGGAAGCCUGCUCCGCGGACAGCUGCCGCCCUUCCUCAAGGGCUUCUUCCAGAGCAGCGGGCAGGUGCUGGUGAGCGUCAUGGGCACCGUGUCGGACGUGCUGCACCGCCUGGGUGCACACAGCACGGAGGCCCAGGGCCUCAGCAUUGCCAUCAACGCCCGCUCCUUCUUCGAUGACGAGCGGGACGAGGUCCGGGCAGCGGCCAUGGCACUGUUCGGGGACCUGGUGGCGUCGGUGGCAGGCCAGCAGCUGGGCAGCCUGCGAACCCAGGUGCAGCAGACCAUGGUGCCCCUGCUCCUGCACCUGAAGGACCACUGCCCCACCGUCGUCACGCAGGCCAAGUUUGCCUUCUACCGCUGCUCCGUGCUGCUCCACUGGCGGCCGCAGCACACCCUCUUCUGUACGCUGGCCUGGGAGAAGGGCCUCAGCGCCCGCCACUUCCUCUGGAGCUGCCUGAUGAGCCACAGCCGGGAGGAGUUCGGCAUCCACUUGGCGCAGGCCCUCAGCUACCUGCACAGCCGCCACCACCACAUCAAGACCUGGGCGGCACUCUUCAUAGGUUAUACCAUCUGCUACCACCCCCGGGCUGUGUCCCAGAUGGUCAGUGACGUGGACACAAAGCUGCUGUUCUGCACUUUUGAGGAUCUCAAAAAGAGCCCCGAACCCAGCGUCCGAGACUUCGCCAGCAGGCAGGCCUCCUUCCUUCAGAAGGUGGCAGCCAGACCGCGGUGACCUCCAGCUGUCAUCCCCCCGUCCCCCUCCCCCGUGCCCACUGCACCGCGCAACCCUGCCCUGUCUGCACAGAGCUUGGCUGCAUGACAUUUUUCCAUUUGAAAGAAAGAUCUAGAUUCAACAAAGAAGUGUCACACCUCUGCGCUCCCUGCCCACCAUCCCAUGGGCCCCCCAGAGACACUGGCAGGCCAGGAGAUGGGCCUGGACCGUGUGUCCCCCAGAGAUAAACUGUGAAGUCUGGGCAGGGACUCCCACUUGUGGCCACCAGGUGGCUUCCCAGUGACCAGAGCCCAAACCACGGCCUGCCGAUGUCCUGGGUGCUGAGGGGGCACUCCCAAGGCAUCCACGGCCCUUGGGGCUCACAGCUGAGUGGAGUUGCUCACCAUGGCGCCCUCGCAGGCUUCAGUCUGUCUCCAGCUUAGAGCUGGUCACUGGGAGGCUGAUGGUGGGGAAGAGGACCCUUGGCUGGUCUCCCUCUGCCCAGGGGACUCGAAGUCACCCUCCACCCCCAUCUCUAGCCUCCUGAGCCCCGUCAGGGCUGGCACUUGGAGUUGGCAGCAGAACCGAUCUGGCUCAGUCAGAUCUUCCAGGUGGGCUUGGCCCACCCUGAAUGACUGAGGCGAGGGUCUCAACACUCUGAGCCUCAGCUGUCCCAUCUGUAAAAUGGGUAGUAAAACCUUCCUCCAAGACCCCUUGGAAGGUUGAGUCCAGAAGAGGUCCCCAGACUCCGAGGGAGCCCCUGAAGACCCACCUGAGCUCCGGCGGGUCUUUCCCCUCCCAGCCUUGGUUUUUCCACUUGUGCAAUGGCGGGGUGGGCCCUUCCCUUGCCUGAAAGAGCCUCCUUGCUGGAGUCCUCCCUAGGGCCUCCCCCAGCUGGCUGCUCUCCAGCAGGAGGUCCAGCCCCGCCCAGCCUACCCCCUGCCUUUCCCCCCAUGUGCCCUCCCAAGCCCUCCCCACUUGGCCCAGGCAGAGCUUCUACCCAGACAGCUCUCUCCACAUCCCCCACCUUGGGACCUCCACAUGACCUAGCCCUCAAGGGCCUGCCAAACAAGGCCUCCCACCCCUCAUCAGGCUGUCCCACCAUUCCCCAUAGACUGUGAGCCCCUCGGGACAGGCCUGGGGUUGCACCCAGGAGGCCCCACAACUUGGAUGGUGGGUUGAAAAAAAUACAGCAACUGCAGACUCACUGGUGGUGUUCAAUAUGACCGGGGAGAGGAGUAAAUGACCCUGGGCAGAGCUGGGGCCCCUGCCCACCCAUCUGUGAGUCUCUGAAUGGCGCCACUUGAGGAGGGGCUCUGGGUGGGUUUGGCUUUUCACAGCUCUCCAUUUUGUCCGCGGGCCCCUGUGGGUGCCCCCAUCCCACUUCUGCUACAACCCCUGGCUGGGAAGAGGGUUCCCUGAGCCCAGCUGGGUGGGGGGGGGUGCCAUCUCCCCUAAAAGGGAGGCUUCCCUGAUUCCCCCCAGUGGGCAGUGGGGCCUCCUGCACAUCCCCCUGCCUCACCCCAGUUCAUCCUGCACCUGGGAAGUCUGGUCUUAGUAAACGCCUGGAGCUGGCUAGGCCUGGGCCCCAGAGGCUUCUGCAGCCAAUGGUGACUAGAUAAACCCCUGGAGGGAACCGAGACAAGUGAAGCCUGAAGUUGAGGGAGCACAGGCCUUACCAGCAGGGUGGAAGGCUCUAGACCCGGGCACACAAGAGGUGCCCCACUAACCAGCAGCAACAGUUGACUGCCAGGCUGGCCACAGCAGGCCAGGGGCAGGAGACAGGGCCCCGAGUCCUGGUGGGGGGACCACCAUCCCACCCGGGGAAGGCGCGGCCAACCUGACCCAGGGAGGGGCCAGCCCCCAGCUCUACAAGAGCAGAGAGCUGCUCACGGAGCAGGGCAACAUCCAUGCCCUCCAGCAGGCCCAGCCCCCAACACACUCUGACCUUUCACCCCAGGAACCCCGGGGUCACCCUCCACCCCUCCAGCUUCCCCUCCCCACCCUGAGGUGAGGAGUCGGCAUGUCCCUCCACCCCAAGCCCAGUGGGCAUCAUCACCCUCUCCCUUCUCUGGGCUUCUAAGACUGAAGUGAGGACACUUAGUGGGGGGCAGGACAGGGAAGCCACCCCACCAGACACAUGGCCCAGAAGAAUUACCAAGUGACCCAUCCUGUCCCUUACAGGGGCAAUGCCGGUGACCUGGCCCCCAAAACAGCAACAGGGCAACUGGGCAGAGCCCACUCAGGCCUCAGCCCCUGCUCUGUUCAAUCUGGUACAGCCCCGCCUUGAGCCAGGGAGUGCAGGGACCCAGCGUGGACGCCAGGGGGUGGCUAAG